AUGCAGUUUUCCCCAGUUCUGUACAAAGUCGAGGUGAUUCAACGCAGAGAAGAUGGCUCUGUUAACUUUUUCCGUGACUGGGAAGCUUAUCGUGAAGGAUUUGGCAAGAUAACAGGAGAGCAUUGGCUUGGCAUGAAACGAAUCCAUGCACUUACCAUUCAAGCCAACUAUGAGCUGAGGAUUGACCUGGAGGACUUCGAGAACAGUACCUCCUUUGCAAAGUAUGGCUCUUUUGGAGUGGGUUUGUUCUCUGUUGACCCCGACGAGGAUGGCUACCCACUGAGCAUCGCAGACUACUCUGGCACAGCAGGCGACUCGCUGCUCAAACACAACGGGAUGAAAUUCACCACUAAGGACAAGGACAACGACCACUCUGAGAAUAACUGCGCGUCCUUCUACCACGGCGCCUGGUGGUACCGCAACUGCCACACCUCCAACCUCAACGGACAGUACCUGCGCGGCCAACACACCUCGUAUGCCGACGGCAUCGAGUGGUCGUCGUGGACGGGUUGGCAGUAUUCGCUGAAGUUCUCCGAGAUGAAGAUUAGGCCAACCAAGGAGGAGAAUAAAUGAGUGAGAACUAGAAAACUUGACUAGAAGAGCUCAAAGAGGGCUGUAGGUGUUAGAGACACUCAAUGCAGAAACGCAAGAACUUUCCGGCGACAACCUCUUUCUCAUGUUUCUGUUUCUAUUCAUCUUUCAAUUCCCGUUUUCCCACCAUCUUGUAGUGUUUGUGCUAAUGCCGAAUGGGCCGAUGUUUUUCUCUUGUUCUAUUGUUCACAUCUCUGAAUAUUAUUACGAAACUUUGCAGGUAUUGUCAAAAAUGUACUAAUGAAAAAAAAAAUCGAUAGUCGUCUAAAAAAAA